CCUUAAUUAGACUUUCCUGAGCUAGAGCAUCAUGGUGUGAUCGCUUCCAUCCGCGACGCAGUUGCGAUGGACUUCUUCUAGGAACCAGCUUUGCCUGGGACGGUAAUAUCUCAGCAUUUGUCUGACAGCGCUCUAGCUUCGAAGGAGCUUCUUGAGUAUGAGGACGGCCCCUGAACAUGAACCUAAGCUCCUGUUUUGCAUUCUUAGCAAGAUAAGAUAACCAAAACAGUUUGCACUUCCCUCAGAGACGGUACCCCUAGGCAUGCUUUACAAAUAGGGGUAUGACUUGGACCGAAGCAGCAUCUUUCUCUAGCGGACGAGCAUGGCCCCUAGGCUCCGCCCGCCACGCUUGCCGCCGCGCCGCAAAGUCAUUCGAUACACCUUGCUAGCCUUCGCAGCUGUCUCGCUCCUGAGAAUCGUCACCAUCGACGUGAGGCUCACCGCUGAGGGCGAGGAUUUUGCUAGCAGAGUCUGGGCCUCAUCAAAACCUGCGCCCAUUCCAAUUGAAACCCCUCUAAGCACCAACGCUCUCCCACCAACCAAGUCCGACACGGACUUCCCGAGCGUCAAAGAAAGCGCCCUUGUCGUGGGUUUGAACGAGGCCUUUGGGCAACGGCCUCGGAAGCAGUUGCCCGAGGAAGUCGCGGAGCAGGCCUGCCAAAACUGGUGGCGCGGAUACUCUUCAUACCACAAGACCGUUCUGAGCCACAACGGGUCUGCCGGGUGGCCCGCCCCCCGUUUGGCGGUCGUCAAAAAAGGGCGGGGAGUUUUGGGCGACGGGGGCGGGCUGGGGGACACAGUGUCAAGCCAGGUGUCGAGCCUUGUCUUUGCGAUGCUGACGGGGCGGGUGUUCCAAGUGUACUGGACGAAAGCCAGGUUUGUGCUCGAGAGCCCGUACAUUGACACUCGAUAUACGGGACCAGAGGAGUACCUGGACCUGACGCCGGAUAAGGAGGACGGCGGCCUGGCGCAAAGCGGGGACGGCGCGGCGCAGUCGUCGUGCGUGCAGAUGCCAUACCGGAUCUGGGCAGCUGACUGGUGGCUUGACGACGAGGUGAGGAAGACCGGCGACUUCGACCGGGGCAGAUUGUCACACCAGAUUGAGCUGCUGGACACCAACAAGGGGGUGCUCAGUUUCUGGUGGGACGAGCCGCGGGUCCGCGUACGGAUGCUGGCAGCGGGGCUGGAUCGUGACACUCUCUACGGUUGCGCUCUCAACUUCCUCUUCAGGCCCAUUCCGAACUUGGCUUCCGUGAUGCUUCCGAAAGCGCAGAUGCUGGUGGACGUAAACACUUUCAGUAUCGGCAUCCACGUUCGGACAGACUUCACAGACAGAUCGAUGAAGGGACUGGACGGGGAGAAAACCGUCCAGGAAUAUUGGGAGCCGUUUCAAUGCGCCUUGGACAUUGAGACGAGGUACGCGGAGCUGAUAGGCGGGCGGCAGGUCCUGUGGCACGUGGCAUCCGACUCGGACUCGCUGCGCCAGGAUGCGCGCGCAGUGUAUGGUCAAGGUCGUCGACACGUGUACGUCCUAGAUGCGAAGCCGACAAACGCAUACAUCCAAUCGAAGUCCGAUAGCCAGCCUUGUAGUUACGAGUGGGACUGCUUAGAUCCGGUUCCGAUCAAGGCCCUCGAGGCGACUUUCGUAGAAUGGUGGCUUUUCUCCUUGAACGAUUUUUUCGUGAUCACGGAUUCCGGGAUGUCGGCAUCGUCGGUGGGGCGGUCGAUGAAGAGAAACACUACGUACCACUUGAGUAUAGACCAGGAGGAGAAGCGCGAGAAAGGUCAACCUGUCUGCUUAGGAGAGCCCACUGCAUGGGCGCUAAUUGAGGAUCUGCGUGCGGGCAUGUGAGCAAGUCUGCCAUGGAUGCAACGAAUCGGAAACGCUUGUUCGAAGUUUUGAC